AUGGCUUCUCACUCUUCGACUCUCUUCUCUUCGUCUCCUACCUUCGCUCCCUUCUCCUCCCAUCGUCUCCUUCAUUCUCCCAAUCUCUCCACUGUCCGCUUUUCCCGACCCAUCAGGAGUAAACCCAAUUUGGCCUUGCGAUGUUCAGUCUCAAUCGAGAAAGAAGUCCCCGAGACAGAGCGACCUUUCACUUUCCUUAGAGACUCCGAUGAUGCCACUCAAUCUUCUUCUUCAGCUUCUUCCGUCAGGGCUCGUUUCGAGACUAUGAUAAGGUCUGUUCAAGACAGUGUUUGCGAGGCCAUUGAAGCUGUAGAAGGCGGUCCGAAAUUCAAAGAAGAUGUUUGGUCUCGACCCGGUGGAGGCGGCGGAAUCAGCCGUGUUUUGCAGGACGGAAAUGUCUUUGAGAAAGCCGGGGUCAAUGUCUCUGUGGUUUAUGGUGUUAUGCCUCCUGAAGCUUAUAGAGCUGCUAAAGGCUCUGCUUCCGAUCAGAAACCCGGCCCGGUUCCGUUCUUCGCCGCCGGAGUCAGCUCGGUUUUGCAUCCCAAGAACCCUUUUGCCCCAACUCUUCAUUUCAACUAUCGUUAUUUCGAGACGGAUGCUCCAAAGGAUGUUCCUGGAGCUCCGAGGCAAUGGUGGUUUGGCGGUGGAACUGAUUUCACACCAGCUUACAUCUUCGAAGAGGACGUCAAGCAUUUCCAUUCGAUUCAAAAGCAAGCCUGUGACAAAUUCGAUCCUUCCUUCUAUCCCCGUUUCAAGAAAUGGUGCGAUGACUACUUUUACAUCAAGCACCGUGAUGAGAGACGAGGACUUGGAGGGAUAUUUUUUGAUGAUCUUAAUGAUUAUGAUCAGGAAAUGCUUCUGUCGUUUGCCACUGAAUGUGCAAACUCAGUGGUACCAGCUUAUAUACCGAUAGUAGAGAAAAGGAAAGACACGGAAUUCACAGAGAAGCACAAGGCAUGGCAACAGUUGCGGAGAGGGAGAUAUGUCGAAUUCAACUUGGUGUAUGAUCGUGGAACGACAUUUGGUCUGAAGACAGGAGGGAGAAUAGAAAGUAUUCUUGUCUCUCUUCCGCUGUCAGCAAGAUGGGAAUAUGAUCAUAAACCGGAAGAGGGGACCGAAGAGUGGAAGCUAUUGGAUGCUUGUAUCAACCCGAAGGAGUGGAUCUAG